UCGUUUGGUCUUGUUCUGGUUCCAGCUGUUACUUAAACCCUCUCUUUCUCUGUCUCUGGUCUUAGCUUUCGCCUUUGGAUUUUUUUUUUUCUUCUCUAUUCCACCAGCUAUCUACUAGUUUGGGAUUUUUGUUAGACACCACCUAGCUUGUUUGAUCCUUUCCAGCUUCGAGUUCCUACGAAUCUGAGAAUUUUGGAGGUGAUUUGGAAGAAGAAAAGGGAAGCGGAGGAGAAGAGGAUGCCGGAUCCGAUUCCAAGCUGCUUCCGGGGCGGCGCGGCCGGGCGCCUGCCGGCGUCGACGGCGGCCGGGCCUAGCCUGACGACUUCGGUCUACGAGACCCACCUCGGCCUCGCCGCCCUCUCCUGGUCCCGCACCGUCUUUGGCCUCUCCCUUCGCGCGGACCUUCGCUUCGGCCGCGGCGGAGCCGCAGCGGUAGCGGAGGAGGAGGACGAUGACGACGAGGAGACCUUCCGGUUCCACGUCCGGCCGUGGCUGUUCUGGAAGCGGAGGGGGUCGAAGUGGUUCCACCUCAAGGACCACCGCCAGCACCGGACGGUGGAGUUCUCGUGGGACCUGACUCGGGCACGGUUCCCCACCGGCGGCGGCCCCGAGCCAUCCUCCAGGUACUUCGUCGCCGUGGCGGUGGACGGCGAGAUGCUUCUCGUCGCGGGCGAUCUCUUGGAGGAGGCCUACAGAAAGAGCAAAGCCGGGAGGGGCAAUAGCUCGAACCCGAUCCUGAUCUCGAGAAGGGAGCACGUAGUCUUAGGGGACUCCGGCGACGGGAGAUCGUACAAGACGAUGGCGCGGUUCGGGGGGGAAGAGAGGGAGAUCUCGAUCGAUCUUGGAACAAAGGAGAGGGAGAGGGAUGUAGGGAUGUUGUUGGGGGUCGACGGGAAGAGAGUCCUCCAGGUGCGGCGGCUCGGGUGGAAGUUCCGGGGGAGCGAGCGGGUGGAGGUGGAGGGCGGCACCCGGAUCCAAGUCUCGUGGGACCUCCACAACUGGCUUUUCCAGCCCAAGGACGAGCCCCCCGCCACCGCCUCCACCGCCGCGGCGGCGGCCGAGCUCGGGCACGCCGUGUUCGUCUUCCGGUUCGAGCGAGAGGCCGGGGAGGAGGGGCAUUUCGGGAAGGAAGGCUUCGGCGGUCCAGCGAGGACCGUGUGCUGCAAGGGGAUGGGGGGUUAUACGCGGAAGAACCGGAAUUGGAGCGAGAGCAGCAGUGGCGGGGGUGGCGAGGGGAAGAGGAGCAGGCGGAGGAAGAAAAGUUUGUUGAAGACGAGCUCCUCGUCGUCAUCCUCGUCGGCGUCGUCGGCAAGCAGCUCGACGGUGAUGGAGUGGGCGAGCCCCGAAGAGGCGGCGCUGCAGAGCGCCGACGGGUUCUCGCUCUUGGUCUACGCCUGGAAGAGCUAGCAGGGGUCUUUUGGGAAUGACCGGAUGGUGGAUUUUUUUUUUUUUUUUGCCCAAGCCUUUAUAUCUCUUCUAUUUAUAAUAUUUUGGGCUUUUCUGGUGGAUUUCUCUGUUUCAUUUUUAAUGUAAUUUGUGGUUUUUAUUUUUUAUUUGGAAAAGAUAAAUAUCAAACUGACUCAUUUGUUCAUGGAUAUAGGCAUAUUGUUUAAUAAAGAAACAAAAGAAUGUGGUGAGAACUAGUAGAUUCAAUACUGACUCCUUUUUGGUAUAGAAUGAAUACUGCAUUCGUUGAGUGAAUAAGAGAAUAUAUAAAUAUGAUUGAUUU